AUGUCUACAACCACCACAACCAAAACUCAGGCCGAAGCGCCAUCCGUCAAGCUGACGUUGGCGUACAACGACAAGAUCCACGACCAGUAUAAAUACGCCAAGUACUUACCCGUCUACGACGAAAAGACAUCGUUUCCCCCGCUGCAGCCAUUCGAAUUCAACGACCGCGGCCUCGUAGCGAACAAGGAAAAGUUGAACCUCCUUCCCAAGGACAACAAUGAUAUCAAGGCUACAAAGUUGACGCCUGUCAUCGGUACCGAGAUCCGCGGACUGCAGCUAUCCCAACUCAACGACAGACAAAAGGACGAGCUCGCCCUGCUCAUCGCCGAACGCGGCGUCGUCGUGUUUCGUGACCAAGACUUCAAGGACAUUAGCAUCGAGAAACAGAAGGAGUUUGGGCAAUACUUUGGUCCUCUUCACAUCCAUCCUGUCGGCGCGCACGUCAAGGACCACCUCGAGCUGCACAACAUUUACCUGGGCCCGGACAACGAGUAUCGCAACCGCAGCAAGAGCAACAAACUCUCAACCAUCGGAUACCACUCGGACGUGUCGUACGAGCACCAGUCGCCGGGCGUCACAAUCCUCACGCUCCUCUCGGUGCCUGAGACGGGCGGCGAUACGGCGUGGGUUUCGCAGACGGCGGCAUAUGCACGAUUGUCGAGGCCGAUACAGGCCCUUCUCGAGGGGUUGAGAGCAGAACAUAGCGGCUUCCCACAAGCCGACAACGGUCGUCGGGACGGCAAGUUUGUGCGUAGAGAGCCGGUCAAGUCGGAGCAUCCCAUCGUUCGCAUCCACCCGGCAACCGGCCAGAAGGCAUUGUUUAUCAACCCAGGCUUCACGAAGAAGAUUAUAGGCCUUCGUGAUGAAGAGUCAGACGCGCUGCUGAAACUCCUAUUCAAGCACAUCAAUUUCGGCCAGGACUUCCAGGUCCGCAUCAAAUGGGAAGAAGGAACGGUCGCGCUCUGGGACAAUAGAGUAACAGCUCACACUGCCAUCUCGGACUACAACGUCCACAACCCACAGGAAGGGCUGCGACACGGAUUCCGGAUCACCACACUGGCUGACAAGCCGACGGGGGUUAAUGGCCUGGAGUCCACGUGGUAG